AUGGAUGGGGAGGAAACGCAGGGUGAGUAGAGAAGGAAGGUACAGCGAGGUAAAGAGAGAGAGAGGGCAGGAGGAAAAGAGAGAGAGGGCAGGAAGAAAAGAGAGAGGGCAGGAGGAAAAGAAAGAGAGGGCAGGAGGAAAAUAUAGAGAGGGCAGGAGGAAAAGAGAGAGAGGGCAGGAGGAAAAGAGAGAAAGGGCAGGAGGAAAAGAUAGAGAGGGCAGGAGGAAGAGAGAGAAAGAGAGAGAGAGAGAGAGAGAGAGAGAGAGAGAGAGAGAGAGAGAGAGAGAGAGAGAGAGAGAGAGAGAGAGAGAGAGAGAGGACAGGAGGAAAAGAAUGAUAGAGGGCAGGAGGAAAAGGAUGAUAGAGGGCAGGAGGAAAAGAAUGAUAGAGGGCAGGAGGAAAAGAAUGAUAGAGGGCAGGAGGAAAAGAAUGAUAGAGGGCAGGAGUAAAAGAAUGAUAGAGGGCAGGAGGAAAAGAAUGAUAGAGGGCAGGAGGAAAAGCAUGAUAGAGGGCAGGAGGAAAAGAAUGAUAGAGGGCAGGAGGAAAGAAUGACAGAGGGCAGGAGGAAAACUGC